AUCAAUUGGUCCCAAAAUCCCAUCUCAUCAUUCUAUCUCCAGCCCACACACGAGACUAUGGAAACUACCCCUGCUCCGGAACCGGUUUCCACUGCAAAGAAGUAUCCCAUUCCACCGGAGACGCCAAAGGAGAAUCUCGAUAAGACUCCUUAUAACCCCCGCAAAAUCCCCGAGUGGAAACUUCGCAAUGCCUUUUGCCCCGCCAAAGCGCUUCCCAAGUUCCCCUACAGCUACAUUUUCCCCAGGGCGGGCGAGGUGGCUAGGAAAGCUGCAUAUGGUUACUUCGACGGUGGUCGUAUUUGGCUCCAUUCCUGGGAUGUGUACUACCUGCCGAUUCCUGCUCAGAUCAGCGAGCAACGCCUUCUGCUCAUUCCAGCACAACAGGUCAAGUUGUUUCUCGACAUCAUUAACUAUGAACUGGGAUGCGACUUGGGUCUCACAACGAAUGCCCAACACCGUCUCGUGCUAUUCUUCGACGGCGAUGACGGAACCCCCAAGCCCGUAUAUCUGGGCCGAAGCGAUAGCCGUGAAGCCCUAGACGAGCUCGAGCGCAGAAUUCCCCGACCCGAAGACGGUGAUGACGACUGGACAAAGACUUCCGCGCCGGAGGCCUUCGAUGCGUUCCGAAAGAAAUUCCACGAUGGUAUCAUGACCUACAAGAGAAGAAGGACAAAGUCGAGACACCCCGCGAGCCAAUUGGACAUCUCCAUCUCAGAGAUAAGUAAGAAGCACCCGAACCAAAUCAUCCCGACUCGUGGGCUGUAUCAACUCAAGUCUUAUCUUGGGCUUCGACCGCCCAUUAAUGAAGGGGGACACUUUGCCGGUGAUGAGAAGUUCGCUUCGGUGGAAGUAUCUGAGCCUGUGCGAUGGGAAACUCUCGGUAACCCCAUCUUCUUAAGUGUUGAUGUGGAGUGGAAUGAGCGGAACCAGACCCAAGUGACCGAGAUCGGAAUCUCUUCCCUGGAUACCGUGGACAUUCAUGCAAUUCCCCCUGGACUUCACGGAGAGAACUGGGUCAAGUACAUCAAGUCGGCUCAUCUACGCACUGUCGAAUACAAGAACUUUUGCAACACGCAGUUUGUGAUGGGGUGUCCCAGCAUGUUCCUCUUCGGUGAGAGUGAACUCAUUCUUGACAGUCAAAUCGGGACACAUGCUAGAUGGUUCUUUUCCCCACCGUACGAUGGAACCCAGGACCUCGAUCGAGCAGAUCUUCCGGAGCACAAACGAGCAACCCGUACCAUUGUGCUCGUCGGUCAUGAACCAUACACAGAUCUCAAGAUACUUGCAGAGCGAUGCAAAAUCUUUGAGCCUGUGGAGAAUCGUCCCGGGAAGGUUGUUAGCGAGGUGAUGGAUACGAAAAUUCUUUACGCAUGUCUGCGCGAGGAGAAGAAUUUCCGGGGACUGGAGAAUAUGCUGUUUGAACUGGGGUUUCAGCCCAAGUACUUGCACAAUGCGGGUAACGAUGCUCGUUAUACGCUGGAAGCACUGAUUCGAAUUGCCCUGGUAUCAGCUGGCAAGGUGCAAAGCCCCAAAAUCGAUGCGAAGACCGACCAGAAGGUGGUGGAGGAGGCCGAAGCUCCUGACACUAAAGAGUGAGAGACGCCAGAAUCAAGCGCGCAACUGCACUAGUGAACCCUAGAUAGCUUUGAUAAGCUUAAAUUUAAGGUACACAAUCAAAGUUGUGUCUGCUCAUCCCACUGACGCCAUA